UCAACAGAGCUCAACAAGAACCCUGUAGAAGGAUUUUCAGCAGGAUUAAUUGAUGACAACGACAUCUACAGAUGGGAAGUCUUAAUCAUAGGCCCACCAGAUACACUAUACGAGGGCGGGUUUUUUAAAGCACAUUUAAUAUUUCCACGAGAAUAUCCCCUUCGGCCGCCCAAAAUGAAGUUUAUUACAGAUAUUUGGCAUCCAAACAUUGAAAAGAAUGGAGACGUGUGUAUCUCAAUUUUGCACGAACCCGGUGACGACAAGUGGGGUUACGAAAAGGCGUCGGAACGUUGGCUUCCAGUGCACACGGUUGAAACUAUCCUUAUCUCGGUCAUCAGUAUGCUAGCAGAUCCUAACGAUGAAAGUCCAGCCAAUGUUGAUGCAGCAAAAGAAUGGCGUGAAGAUUACACUAACUUUAAGAAAAAAGUUGCCCGUUGUGUUCGAAGAAGUCAAGAGGAUUAGGAGCUGUAGGCUAUUAGCAUAUCCCUGGUUUUAAGAAAAGUAAUAAAAUGUGGUUGCCAUUCCCAAGAGACUACCCAUCAUCUCAUGUUUGGACAGCAACAACUGCCAACUCUGUGACUAGCCUGAAAAGAAGUGAUAACUGAGAUGUCUUGCGGCGUCUUGCAAAUGUUGGCAGGAAAAGCAAAACAAAACAAAAAACAACAAAAAAACAAAAACAAAAACAAAAAAAUGAAGAGGAAGAGUGAAAUUGGUCACCCAAAGGUGGCCUUCAAACUUCAAAAGAGGAAAUGGAUGGAUAUUGGUUGUUCAAACACGUUGAUAAACAAUUCUGUAAAAAAAAAAUAAUAAAAUAAAAAAUAAGUGUCCAGAAAUUCACUAGAAAGACGGUAAGAAGUGUGCUCAUAGUGUGUUGGUGGUGCGUGAAACUGGGACCAGAUGCUAAGACUUGCGAGUGAAGCCAAACGAAGGAGCCUUGGGCAACCUUGUGGCAUUACGUCUGAUCAGGGUCACAUUUAAAUGUCUGGUCAGGGUCACAUUGUGAAUCAUAAUUAAGGUCAAACCUCAUUAACUUCCCCAGUGAAAAAAGGAUGAGAAGAGGAGAGGAAAAAUAGUAAAAAUUGAAAAGUUAUCAGCCAUAUCUUAGACAUUGACUUCACCAAGUUGUGUCAAAGCAAGGCCUCAAACUCACAUAUCCUCUUUAAAAUAGGCCCAUUACCAGCUAAGGCAUUCAAGUCCUACCUAUUUUUUCCCCCUUUUCAUGAUGAAGAUGUGUUUAUUGAUUUUUCUGAAAUUUAGCAAAAGAGAGAGUUUGUUACCUUGCUCAGGAAAGACCAGGUGGGUUAACGUCUAGAUACGACAGUCAGUUUGUGGAAGUAAAGACAGCAAGGAGAUAGCCUUUCCUUACUUAUAUCCACAGUGCUCUUAUAGAUAUUAAAACUACUUGGUAAAGUCCUACCAUUAGAAGGAAAUUACAAAUUUAUUAUGCAUCCUGAAUUAAGCUUCUAUUGCAGCUUUUCUUUCUGUCAACUGAUUGCUUCAAGUUGUGUCAACGUUGACAUUGUUAUGUUGGUCCUGAGCAAGAGGAAAUCAAUUCUGAUUUUCAUAGCAGUGGAAACCCUCCAAAAUUUAUAAUAAUUUUAAGCAUACCAUUGUUUAUUUUUUAACAGAAGCAAUUGAUGCACUUGGAUACCAUGGGUUAGAGCCUUGCCCAUAUCCAACUGGGAUAGUCAGCAGCCAAAUUUUGAGGUGUUUUCGUAGUCUCAAAAUGGAGUCCUGAUUAUCACUGGCACUACUUGACCACAGUUUUUGCUUAAGUGUUUGGUCCUACAUUUAAAGAAGACGAAGAAAAAGUGGAUCUCAUUGAAAAUAGAAUUAUCAAAUUCAAAAAAUAUUAGAUAGUUAAUAUUUUUUAGAUAAUGAAUUUAGAAUUAGAUUUGCAACUAAAGUCUUGAGCCUUAAACUUUAUAGUGAAAAAGUGCAAUUGCACAGAAUGGAAAUGCAGUUGAUCUUCUUUUUUUAUACUACAAUACAUUCAAAACUAUGGGAAGUAUGUACACUGUUUGCUCACUUUAUCAUGGAGGGGCAUAUGUAGUCGUGAAUUGCAGUUCAUCCAAUCACAGUACUCGUCUAUUCUACUCAUGGAAGGAGACUGCUCAAGGGACCUCAGCCUGUUACCAGCCCUGUUUUAAGUUUAGGCCAUAAAUUAUAACGUUUUGCAAACCACAGAGUUGGGCUACUCUUGAGGGAAUGCUUUCAUUCGUUUCUGUUAUUUUGUUCAGUUUACUUAUGUCUGAUCUGUUUUUUUUUUUUCCUUUUUUGUCCAUUCUUUUUUAUAUAUAAAGUAUAGGGAACCAUACCUUCCAGAAGGGACACCCUCUUAAAUCUGCAGCUACCUAUGUUAAAAGUGUAUAUUGCUGAAAGUAAAGCACAUGUGUUGGGAUUGGAAGUAGAACACCAUUGUUCUUUUGUCUAGGCCAUGCUUGUUUUUAUUGAGUUGGUGUACAAGGUGUUCCACAAAAAUACAAAAGUUUACCAUGUGCAUGAGAAGUGGUUGAGGGUGUCCACUUGCAAAUUUUUACAGGUCAGUGAAUGAACAAUUUUUAAGUACAGCUCCAUCCCACCUAGCUUGACUCUGCCAUGUUAGUUGACUACAUGUUCUUCUGUAGAACCCCCAUGAAGGAUUUAAUACCUCAAGUGUUAAGUUGUCUCAUUGUGCAAAUGUUGGGCCCAGGGGAUGACAGUGGUAUCUGCCUGCCUCUUUAGGGCUGAGUUUCAAUUGGCAAGGAAUUUGUUGGUAAGCCUUGAGGGGGUUAGGGUAGCACUGUCCUUGCCCAGUCUGGCAAUUAAUGAAAGCCCUAGUAUGAAAAAAACAAAGUGUGAUAUGAUACUGGACAUUAUGAACUGCUACUGUGAACAUUUGUUUUAUACUUUUUUUCCAUAUUCCUGCAAUAUGUUUUAAGUAACAGUUUGUAGCUGUCCUUAUAUUCAAUAAACACCAAGCUUCUGAA